AUGAAGUUUACAUCGGUCACGUCCAAUAAAAUAUCGGAGCAAGGACCGCACGAGAAGCGUCUCCUCAACGCACUCCUCAAUUCCUACAACACACUAGAACGGCCGGUUGCCAACGAAAGCGAGCCAUUGGAAGUCAUGUUUGGACUCACUUUGCAACAAAUCAUUGACGUGGACGAGAAAAAUCAAAUCCUGACAACGAACGUCUGGCUUAACUUGGACGAGAAGAAUCAACUACUUAUAACAAAUAUAUGGCUGUCAUUGGAAUGGAAUGACUACAACCUAAGGUGGAAUGACAGCGAAUACGGCGGCGUCAAGGAUCUACGAAUCACACCCAACAAACUAUGGAAACCUGACGUUCUUAUGUACAAUAGUGCUGACGAGGGUUUUGACGGGACGUACCAGACCAACGUGGUGGUCAAAAACAACGGCAGUUGCCUGUACGUACCCCCGGGCAUUUUCAAGAGCACAUGCAAGAUAGACAUCACGUGGUUUCCUUUCGAUGACCAACAUUGCGACAUGAAGUUCGGUAGCUGGACUUACGACGGCAACCAGCUGGAUCUGGUCUUGAAGAAUGAAGCAGGAGGUGACUUAUCAGAUUUUAUAACGAAUGGAGAGUGGUAUUUAAUAGGUAUGCCAGGCAAGAAGAAUACGAUAACAUACGCGUGCUGUCCAGAGCCAUAUGUAGACGUUACGUUUACAAUUAUGAUCAGGAGAAGAACGUUGUAUUAUUUCUUCAAUCUGAUAGUCCCUUGUGUUUUAAUAUCUUCGAUGGCCCUACUUGGGUUUACACUGCCUCCAGAUUCUGGGGAGAAACUUACGUUAGGAGUCACUAUUCUUCUAUCGCUGACGGUGUUCCUCAACCUGGUAGCUGAGACCCUGCCGCAGGUCUCCGACGCAAUCCCCUUGUUAGGGACGUAUUUCAACUGCAUCAUGUUCAUGGUGGCUUCGUCUGUCGUGUUGACUGUUGUGGUAUUAAAUUACCAUCAUCGGACUGCGGACAUUCACGAAAUGCCACAAUGGAUUAAGACAGUAUUCUUACAAUGGUUACCAUGGAUCUUGAGGAUGUCACGGCCAGGGAAGAAGAUAACUAGGAAAACUAUAAUGAUGUCAAAUAGAAUGCGGGAAUUAGAGUUAAAAGAGCGUUCGUCCAAAUCUCUCCUAGCUAACGUUCUGGAUAUAGAUGAUGAUUUUAGACAUGUACCGCCACCACCUAAUAGUACUGCAUCUACAGGGAACUUAGGACCUGGAUGCUCAAUAUUCCGAACGGACUUUCGUCGUUCGUUCGUGAGGCCGUCAACAAUGGAAGACGUCGGUGGUCUAGGCAGCCAUCAUCGAGAGCUACAUUUAAUAUUAAGAGAAUUACAAUUUAUCACAGCGAGAAUGAAAAAAGCGGAUGAGGAAGCCGAACUCAUUAGCGAUUGGAAGUUCGCAGCGAUGGUAGUGGACAGGUUCUGUCUGUUCGUGUUCACGCUAUUCACUAUAAUCGCGACGGUGGCCGUGUUACUCUCAGCGCCUCAUAUCAUCGUGCAG